UAAAUUAUUACAUCCAACAACAAAAUAAAUAAAUAAAUAAAUAAAUACAUACAUACAUUUAAUUCCACUUUAGCGCGUUAAUGGUCAUCAUUUUUGAUUAUUCCAAGUUUCAGUCAGCUGUAUCAGCACGAACGCUCUAACGUGGGAAGUCGGAAAUUUCCGAGUUCUCGGUUGUCGUGAACUCGAUAUAUGACCCGGAUGGAGACUGCUUCAAUAAAUGCUAAAUAAAAUAAAGCUGCUCUUGUAUUAAAACAACAACAAUAACAUAUUCUUACGUACAAGAAUUCACGUGUUGUUUUUAUAACUUAAAAACAACUAAGCCGUUUGUGUUUGUUAUUCUCCGCUCUACUGUGUUCAAUCAAACUGAACUCUAAAGGUCACGAGGUCACGAGAACUAAUUUAUAAGUCUCUGAGCACAGUCCAGCACCAUGACCAAUGAAAGGACAAAAGUGAAGUUCAACUGGCUGAAGGACAAAAGUGAAGUUCUCACGGCAUUCGUCUCACCUACGAAAUUCCAGAAGAACGAAGUCGGUUUGGCUCGGCCCACUUGCUGGGGUGAUGAUCCAUCGGAUGAAUCGUGUAAAGACUCCUCUCCCAGCCUGGACAUGUCCACCAGCUCAGUGGAACUGGCAGAAAUGGCAAACAUUAAACUCAGCACACCUCGAGAGAAAUGUGUCACACCAUCGCAGACACGGGGCUCUCAGAAAACACACCGUCUGUCCAGCAGACCCCGCAGACUGUUCGAGAACACAAAGUCUCCAUUGUCCACUUCUGAUGAGAAGAGAAAAGGCAGAACUCCAGAGGAAGGAUCAAGGGCCAUCUACCUCAGAGCCCUGAGUGCCGCGCUUGGUAGCAGACAGAGGAAGUUGCCCCACACUGAGGCCCGUACCAAGAGGCUGCAAUCCCAGACAGCUUCUAUAGAAACCAUUGCUGUUAAACCUGAGACGGAAAGGAACACAGAGGACAAUGUAGACACUGAGGAAGAGGAGAACGCAGUGGUAACUCACCCCAAGAAUGUGGUCUUGAAAGGUAGCGACUUUCCUGAUUGGUCAAAUGUUGAGGAUUCUGUCAAGGACGAACGUGUGGAGCGAGUGAUGAUGUGCGAGAAGUAUGGAGAAGCUGGCGAUGCUGAAGCUCCACCUCCUGUUGAAUAUGUCCCACCUCCAGAAGUAACGCUGACCCCACAAACCUCAUUUGGUGUGCCAUGGAUUGAUCUGCCCCACCAGCCCAACACUUUCCCUUGGAGCACAUGGAGAGAGGGCAACUCUUCUGCCAAUAAUAGCAUGCAUCUACCCAAUAACCCAGUCGUAGGUUUGGGACGGGACCUCAGUCCUAAGCAGCCAAUCGGACAGAGUCCUUCACCUUCACACUCUUGUGUCCUGUCUCCAAACGAGCUGUGUGAGUUCUCUCCACUGUUUAGACACCGGUCUCCAUAUGCACACUUGCCCUGUGGAUCAACAUCAUCCCCUACUGAUGACCUCAUUGACCGCAGCAGGUCUGCAGAAGCAGAGCCUCUCUGGCUGUCAGACUCCAACUCAUUGGGCUUCAUUGACACUCACUGUCACCUGGAUAUGCUGUACGGGAAGUUGGGUUUCCGUGGAAGCUUCCGAAGCUUCCGGGAGAAAUAUAACAGCAGUUUCCCUGCGGAAUUUCAUGGCUGCAUAACCGACUUCUGCAACCCGAGAAUCACAAAAAAGGAAGCCAUCUGGGAAUGGCUACUAGGAGAGGAGUACGUAUGGGGUGCCUUCGGAUGCCACCCUCACUUCGCCAAGGAGUACAAUUCCACUCAUGAGCAAAGCAUCAUGGGAGCCAUGCGUCAUCCCAAGACUGUUGCGUUUGGAGAAAUCGGUUUGGAUUACUCGCAUAAGAAUUCAACCAGCCCCAGCAAACAGAAAGAGGUGUUCGAGAGGCAGCUGCGACUGGCUGUGUCUUUGGGGAAGCCGCUGGUUAUUCACUGCCGGAACGCUGAUGAUGAUUUGCUGGAUAUUAUGAGGAAGUGUGUUCCACGAGACUACAAGAUACACCGACACUGCUUCACCAACAAGUACUCCGUAAUCGAGCCGUUCCUGAGCGAGUUCUCAAACCUGUGUGUGGGUUUCACGGCCCUGGUGACAAACUCUAGCGCUGUAGAGGCCCGAGACGCUGUAAGGAAAAUCCCGUUGGACCGAAUCCUGCUGGAAACCGACGCACCCUACUUCCGACCCAAACAGGUGUCUACAUCCGUGUGUAGGUUUUCUCACCCAGGGAUGGGAAUACACACCCUGCAGGAAAUCAGUGUGCUGAAGAGAGAGCACUUCUCCACCGUGCUCAAAACGAUCCGUCAGAACACCACACACAUCUACGGCCUGUAAACCCUGUAUAAAUCCUUAAAGGUUGUGAAUGUUCUACUCGCACAAUACAGUUUUAUUAAUUAAAGAUUAUAGAUUCAAUUUCACUUAUCAUAGGUGACUUAUUCUUGAGUUACUCACAUUCUACAGAUCGACCUCCACGGAUUUAGAGGAACUGGAUCUGGCUGGAUUUUUUUUAUUUUUCUUGAAUUUAGCUUCACAUCUUACAUUUAUUAUUUUGUCUGUGCUUUCUGUGGGAAAUAAAAAAAAAAAAGUAUCUGCAGUAUGUGGAUAUGAUGUGUAGAACCUGGCAACCCUACCUAACAGAGCUUAAAACGAACGAUUCACGACACCAGAUGGAUGAGAAACGCGGCAGGACAGAAAAUGUUUAAUUAAAAAAAAAUACACACUGACAAGACCGCAUUAUUGUCAAUUUAAUUGUGUUCAUUUCUGUUUCCUUUUUAUUUCAUUUUAUCUGUUGUUUUAAUUACGUUCAUUUCGAAGUGUUUCGAAUCAGGACGCUUUCCGUUCAGAAGGCGUUAGUUUGCUCCGUCUGAAAUAAAUGGUGAAUGAACACAAGCCUGUGACUUUACUGUGUCAGUAUUAAUUCUUCAGUGUGUGUGUUUGAGGUAUCAGAACCCACCUGAAGUUGGUGGAUCACCACCCAGGACAUCCAGUAACAUCCUCUGUAGCACAGGACCGUAAUCCUCAUAUUGUGUGUCACUGAGAGACACG